GUUUGGGCCAGAGACGCCGGCCGGCAAGUUCAGGUCGCGCCGGCGUGCAUUGCUCAAGUCACGCAUGUCCUUUCGCGACGCUACCGUGGUCAUCAUUGAAACCUCCAGGACAGGCAUUCGUGCCAGUCUUGGGCUUCAUGAACUCUUGAAGACACCUUCUGUGGAAAUUCAAGCUCGAGUCGGCAUUCGCAAGAGCGUAGUGAACGGUGAGGCUGCACAAGUGAACGGAAGGCCGCAAACUAUAGCAUCGACAAGUCGAAUCUCUUCUCUUCCACAGAAUUCCUCUCCAAACGCUUCCGUAAACGACUAUCUUGUUGGUCCUCAACUUGACGAGGCUUUGGCUUCAGGUCAGGAAAUCGUCCUCUCCUGGCCUUUCGCAGAUGGUGAUGUGCGGGAUUGGACUCAGGCUGAAGCUCUGUGGAAACACGUCCUUUUUAAUCAGCUUCAAAUCCGACGUGUUCAGAACGAAUCUCCAGUUCUUCUCUCCAUCUCUGCAGGCCUACCGAGAGACCACUACGAGAGAAUAUGUCAGAUAUUCUUCGAACGGUUCAAUGUCGCUGGUUUCGGUAUUCUCGAACGACCCAUGGCACAGAUCUACUCAACGAUUGGCUUGAGCGGCGUUGUGGUGGACAUCGAAUACGAAAAAACCGACAUCACGUCCAUUUACGAAGGUUUUAUUCUCAGGCAUGCAUGUACCACACUGUCUCUGGGAACAAGAGACUGCCAAAACUAUCUCGCCCACCUCCUUCAAUUCAACCAAUCCGUCAUGUCAGCCAUAUCUCCCCCAGAAGCUCCCCUUGAGCCAGAAGCACUCCGAGAAACUCUUUUAGCGUUAGUAAAGCAAGUGUGGGAUGAUGGUCAGAUAAAAGUUCCCUCUGAUGGAGAAAUGGCGGUUGUCGAAGACGAGGGCAUUACCGAUAUUGCAGCUAUUGUCGUUGCAGGGAAGGAGAAAGCGGUUAUCGAAAGUGGGAUGAAAAAGAAGGCCACCGCCAAAGCAUCUGCUGCCGAACAAGCACGGGCCAAGGAAAUUGAAGCCCUGGACCUCAUUACUGUGCAGUUCCAGGACAAAUCAAUCACUCUCGGUAAAGAACGACACAGGUUCUGUGAACCACUGUUUGAGCCCAGUGUUCUAUCUUCUCUUCCCGAGUAUACCAAUCGUCCGUUCAAUGAAUCGCCAAUCUCGCUCCAUGAAGCCAUCCACAUGGCCGUACUGCACGUCGACUACGACCUUCGACAGUAUGUAUGGGCAGGUGUCUUUGUGACCGGGUCUGUCACGAAAAACAUUAAAGGCAUAGGCGUUGCACUCCAAUCUCGGUUAGGCGUCUAUACGCACAAUUCUGACCUUCAGACAGAUACUCAGCCCCGUAUGGUUCGGCUUCUGACGUUACCUGAGUACUAUCCUGAAUACCGUGAUACUGGGGAAGGAUAUGCUGCGUUUUUAGGGUCAAGUAUCGCCGCAAAGCUUAUUUUUGGUGAUAAUUCCGGAAAGAAUUUUGUCUCAAAGGGAGAUUAUAGUCAGAAGGGACCACGCUCGAUUAUAGAGAUGUCGCCGUCACUACUCUGACAAUAUGACAAUAUGUAUUGCAUCCUUCGACUCCUCAGACUCUCGAUCACAAGAGCCAUCACCAGCCGAAUGGGAUUGCUUUGCCACUGGGUCAGCCUUGGCCCUGGUCUUAUACCCCAUUAUUGAACUCGAUUUCAAAGUCGGCCAAUCUUUGUUUAAGCUUUCAAGGUUCAACGCAACGCGAAUCUGAACAUCAAAUCUGGGAAAGAAACGUUACUUCAGUCUGCGCUUU